GGGGGUCACCCGCACCGCUCCCGGCUCCCGGCCCGCCCGGUGGACGCCUGCGGGCUGCGGGCAGGCAGCGCGCCGGGCAGCCCUGGGCCGGCGGCCAUGGCGGCGGCCCUAGGAGUGCUGGGGCUGUCGCGGCUCCUCCUGGCGACGCUGCGGCGCCGCGGCCGGAGUUUCUCGGCCACGGCAGCAGAUGCUCGCCAUUUGACAGCAGAGGAGAGGAACCAAGUUAUCCUUGACCUGAAAGCAGCAGGAUGGUCAGAAUUACAUGAGAGAGAUGCCAUCUACAAGGAAUUUUCCUUCAAAAAUUUUAAUCAGGCAUUUGGCUUCAUGUCCCGAGUCGCCCUGCAAGCCGAGAAGAUGAAUCAUCACCCGGAAUGGUUCAAUGUGUACAACAAGGUGCAGAUAACCCUAACGUCGCACGACUAUGGUGGACUGACCAAGAGAGAUGUGAAACUGGCCAAGUUUAUUGAAAAAGCAGCCGCUUCUGUGUGAUUUUUUUUUCUAAAGUGUGUGUCAAACCCGGUGCACGUCUUAGCCAUCAUGUAUGUGGAAGGCAGUUCACAUGAACAAAUUCACUUGUCAGUUUAAGCUCACCUUUUGAACAGUGUUUUGUACAAUCAGUGCUUAAUUACAAAAUGAUUUAAAUUUGA